AGAGUUUCUAUUUGUUGUGUUGGCAUUUUGCUUCGCGGGCAACUUCCAUUCUAGUCAUCUCUAUUUUAGAUGUCAGUUCUCGAAUAAGUUGUAUUCGUUUGUGUUUUUAUAACUAAUUGAUUCGUUCAGAAAAUAAACACUUAUCGCCGAUUGCUUCUUCACAAUUAAUAAAAAUGUCUAGUACUUCGCAAAAACAUAGAAAUUUUGUAGCCGAGCCUAUGGGCAGCAAACCUGUGACAGAUUUGGCAGGAGUCGGUGAAGUUCUAGGAAAAAGGCUUGUGGAAGCCGGCUUUGAUAAAGCGUACGUAGUAUUAGGACAGUAUCUAGUCUUAAAGAAGGAUCAAGAAUUAUUCAGAGAAUGGUUGAAUACUUGCGGUGCAAAUUCCAAACAAGCCGGAGAUUGUUACCAAUGUUUAAACGAUUGGUGUGACGAGUUUUUAUAAACAUUUUAAUAAUAAUAUUUUAGAUCAUUAUAUUAUGAAGUAUAAGCUGUAUGAUAUUCUGCUAGAUUUUAUAUUGUAAUUUAUGAAUUUUAUG